AGAAGUAUUGGAGUUUACUUGUUGAAUGACAUUAGUGCACAGAUAACAGUUUUUACAGUUAGUUUCUCUGCUUGGGAACAACUCACCACAGUUCAGUGUAUAGUCGCAGCCCCUCUGACCUCUGACUGUCUGCUUCACCGUGAAAGAUGCGGGACCGGACUAAAGAAUUAGGAAACGUGAGUUUGAAAAAUGCUGAGGCGUCGGAUGACGAUGAUGAGGGCAAAGCUCUGAUGAUCAAACCUGGAACCUCUUCAGCCAAAGAGGAGAAGGAGAGCGAAGCCUUCUUCAAAAAGGCGCAAGAAAUUCAUGAAGGACUGCAGAAUCUCAGGAAGAUGGUGUCUGAUCUCGAGAACAAACAGAAAACUGUGCUCGGUGUGGCUCUGCCAGUGGAGAGUAUGAAGAAAGAGCUGCAGACUCUACGAGAGGAGAUAAAAACAUUGGCAGGCCAGAUCCAGAGAAAACUGAAGAGUAUUGAACCCAAGAAGGGAGAGGACGAUGGAAAAUACAUACCCAUAAAUGUUCGGAUGCAGCGCACACAGCAUGGCGUCUUGUCCAAGGAGUUUGUGGAGCUGAUGGGAUACUGUAACACCAUCCAGGCCCAGUACAGAGACAGAAACGUGGAGAGAAUACAGAGGCAACUCAAAAUCACUGGGACCAAUGUGACGGACCAGGAGCUGGAUGUGAUGCUCGAAAGUGGGCAGACGGAUGUUUUCACUCAAAAUAUCCUGAGUGAUGCUAAAGCCACAAAGCAGGCUCUGAACGAGAUCGAGUCCCGACACGAUGAGAUCCUGAAGCUGGAGAGGAGCAUCAAAGACCUGCAUGACAUGUUCCAGUACCUUGCCAUGGAGGUGGAGGCUCAGGGGGAGAUGGUCAACCGCGUUGAAACCAACAUCAAACAGUCUGCUAACUAUGUGGAGAAAGCAAAGGAAAACACAGAGCAAGCCGUCACGUAUCAGCAGAAAGCACUCAAGAAAAAGGUUUGGGUGGCAAUCUGUUUGGCCAUCUUCAUCCUCAUCUUAGUCAUCUCGUUGGUCACCAGCUUCGGCACCUAACAGCAGGCGGUGUGAGUCGGUGGUAGAUUUUGGUUUAGCAGGAGCACAUUAUGGGUAAAAUAAUCCCCCCUCUCUUGUAAAUAUAUCAGCCUACAGGAUGUACAGGGGUCACGUGGUCAGUGGAUUUUCUCUGUUAUCAUCCCUCUCUUUCAUUUUGGUCUUCCUCUAACCUUCCUGUCUUCCUAACAGGCCUUUUUCUCCUUCUGUUGUUUUUUUUUUUUAAAGAAGAGAUGUGCUCUCUGUUGUUUUAACUCAUAAACGACCACAAUCUCCCCUGCAUUUCUGCUUCCGCUCAAGAGGCAGUGCUGCUGGUUUAUGGACCCCCAACCCACCCCCCACCCCCCCUUCUGUCAAACUCUGGUCGUCAACAACAGAAAGACCAAGACAAAUUGUGAACUGUUACGUCAGUGCCCCUUCCCCUCCCAGAUUUAAAUUAAAAAAAAAAGAAAAAAAAGAGGAAACAAGUGGCCUUCAGCGGAGGCACAAUGCAGUAUUGAAACCUGACACUGGCGCUGAACAUACUGUACUCAGGAAAAAUGCAUUCGUUCUUGUUACGUUGUCGUUUCUGGAUGAAUUGGAGGUGUAAAAAACAAUUUUAAUAGAGUAGUGCUUUUCUUUUUAUAGGCUAAUAUAAUUGUACAUAACCUAUAAUGCUGAGAAUUAAAGAAAUACUUUAUGCAGAUGAUUUUUAAAACUUGAAAGUUGUUUCAAACUUCCUACAUGUGAUGGGUGUAAAUACAGAUUUUUUUUUUUUUUUUUUCUGAAAUAACAGCCCCCCCCCCUUUCUUGUGUCUCAGCACUGCAGGCCCCCCUCCCCCCCUUUUAUUUGUGCGACCAGGUUGUAUUUAUGAUUUACAUUGUUGUGUAAGCUGCUACAAGAUAAGUUCUGCAACAACACAAAAUGAAAUCUGUUUUUUUUUUUUUCUUUUUCUUUUCAAAACUGUGCCUUCUUUAUGUCAAGCUGAGAACGUGAUGUUGUGCACUAACAUUGUCAAGAAGGGAUGGAUUGAGUUUUUUUAUUUUGUUUCUAUUCAUACGUUUCCACUGUUUGAGUCUUUGGCUUUACCUGACACUAUACUCUGGAUUUAGACUUUAACCUGUUAUUUUUCUUCACGUUUGUCACAGUGUGCAAAGUCUCCAUUUAAUUUAGCUGGAAAAUCCUGGAAAUAAGAAUUUACAGAGAGAAGAACCUGCCUAGCACCACAAUGUGACAAAUCUGUAAAGAAAAAUAAAAUUAACAAAAACAGUUGAUGUUAAAGGGCGUCCAGUCCUCGCUCAAGUCUCCUUUGGAAGCAGAAAAGUGCCCAUCGGCACAGUUAACAGCAGACAGGAAGAUAUUUAGCAGCCAAUUUGCUACUGUGUAAUAUUAUGGCUGUUGAAUUUUGCAUUACUCAUUUAUUUUAAUACAGUUUUGUUUUUAAAAUAAAAUAUUGCCAUGUUCUGUU